UUUGUUUUGUUUCACUUUGGAAGAGGAAAGAGAGAGUUUACAAACUCUCUCAACUUCCUCGUCGGGGAAGGGCAACAACCGCUCACCGCCAGCAAAUCACAGCCGUCUACAGCGUCCGGAGGGAGUAAAACACCUCUAAAAUGCUCCCUAAGUCUCUUUUAACUCGAAUCUUAACCCCUUUUUGCCUAAAAAAUAACAUAGACUCCAGAUCUAAUGUUUUACCUUUCGAAAGCUUGAAAAUCGACGACUCUAGAGCUUCCAACGCUUCGAACUAAGGUUGAAAUGGCAGUGUCAGAGACGGUCGAUGGCAGCAUCAACAAACAGUGGCGGCGAUAAUAUCUCUUUAGGAUUAGGGGUUUAGAAACCCUAAAUGUCACUAAUUUAGACCAUUAUAUGGGUUCAGAUCGUGUGGCUGAGGGGACUACGACGCAUGGCUUGAGAUAGAACCCUAAUCGGGUUCUUGGUCAACUGUUUGGGCCAUGAAAUUGGGCUCUUGUCGGGUCUGCCAUUGGGUUCCAUUAUUGGGCUGAAACCGGGUGGGUUAGGUUAUGCUUUGGGUUUGUUGGGCUUCGGGUUUGAACCUAUAAAAUGUAAUUAUAAUAAUAAUAAUUAUUAAAACCCGGACAAAAACGGUGCUAACAAUCGCUUUCAUUCACAAUUUUGCUUACCGAAUUUGAUUAUUCUCUUGAUUCCGUGAAGAUUACCGAGUCAGGUAAGACACCACAGUUUUCAUAUGGCCAUUGCUUUUCUUUACGAUUCCAUUAUUACUAUCCGUACAGAUUCUCACAAAAUCAAAUUUAGGGGGUUGUGCUCGAAGCAUUUGCUUCAUUCUCAAACCCUAAAGACGUAUAAUGCGUGUUUUUGGUUGAAUUGUUAUAGAUGCCUAGAUGGAUACUGAUGUCAGUCAGCCAAAACAGAAGCGGUCAAGAACAAGGUGGACGGCAUCCCUUGAUAGGAUAUUUGCGGACUUGGUAGUGAAGCAAAUUCAAUUAGGAAACAGACCAAACAAUGUUUUUGACAAGAAAAUAUGGAAUACCAUUCGUGAUGAGUUCAACAAGCAAACCGAUCUCAACUUCAAUAACAAUCAGUUGAGGAAGCACCUGGAUGUUCUACGGACACACUUCUAUAACAUCAAAUCAGCGUAUGAUCAAAAUGACUUUGCUUCCAUGGAGGACUCUUGUUGCAUUGGGUUUGACCCGUGGGAAGAAAUCAGUACACAGCCUAGACCCGAGCCAGUCAAAACCAAGGACUGUCCCAUAUAUGACCAACUUUGCACAAUAUUCACGGACUCGUCUGCUGAUGGGAAAUAUGCCCAAUCAAGCCACUUUGAGGGGCUGGACAAAGUUGCUGGAAAUGAUACCAGUAGCUUAACUUCAUGUCCAGAUGGAGGAUCCACACAUACUGAUAAUCCAUCAACGUCAAGAUUAGUCCAGAUGGAGUAUUGCGGAGAGAAAAAGAAAAGACCAUCUGAGGCACAACCUUCUUUGGAUCAGAGCAUAAAGGGGGAAGCAAUGUCAGAGGCUAUGGCAGGAGCCAUGCUAGAUAUGGUUGCUGCUUGGAAGUCAAGGCGGACAUUUGUCAUGAAACCAAGUGAAAACAAGUUUAGCAUAACUAAUUGCAUUAAAGCAUUGGAUGAAAUAGAAGACAUUGAAGAGUGGCUCUAUUUUGCAGCUCUUGACCUCUUUGAAUACCCCAACUUAAGGGGAACGCUUAUUUCUUUAAAAAGCAGCAAGAUAAGGCUAACAUGGUUGAGAGGGAAGUGCAAAAAACCUCCAACGACAUCCGUCCAGGAUAUGGGCUGAAUCUUUUGGCUAUUUUGAAAGUGUAAAGAUCUUUACUGCAAUUGUUUAGUCUUAGGUAGGUAGUUUGUUCAUACAUUGGCUACAUAGUGCAUAUUGAUAGAUGAGAUGUUUUAGUUAUGGGGCUAUCAAUGCGCACAGGCAUGCAUGUGUACAUUUAUUUUUGCGAAUAGUGGAAUCAUGCUUUGGCAUUGGUUGGAUUA